CGGCCAUUGAUACAUUUUCAGCCUUAAAUCUGCGAAAUAGGCAUAUUUCACUUUGGCCCUCACUUCAGGCAUUCCCGCUCUCUAUUCUGGUUCGUUUACCUAUUGCUAUGCAUAUGUGACUCUUUCGUGUCUUCCCUAGCAUCUGUCACAACUGUCACCUGGAAAUGGUGUCCUGCAUAUAAUAAAUGGCAUUGUCGUCCCUUCACCAUUUUCCACCAACAAAUGAAAUCAAAGCCUUAGUCAACUCGGCCCAAACAGUAGGACUUCCACCUGGAGAAACCCAUACAGACCACGAGCCUAUUCCAAAUGCUUUCCAGAUCAUUAAGAAGUACCAGAUUGGUAUUCAAAAGAUUGGAACACACCAACGCUGGUUCCUUCACCAACAAACACAACUUCAACAUAAACCCUCCACCUGUGCACGAAUACUGGAACUACAGAAACGCCAGUGUGUUGCUUGCCUUCAUCCCAGUGUAUUUGAGUAUCGGAUACUUCGCCAAGUAUAUUGGUGCUAACACUGAAGGUUACCAGGGUUUACAAGAGUUUGCUGAUAAUGAAAAGUCACCCUUGAAGGAGCUUAAGUUUGGUGAACCUCAGACUUCGAAAUAACCUUGCAUAGACGGUAUCUAGACAUAGCAGUGGUAUCGGUUCAUAGUAAUUCUACGUUUAUAUUUAUCAAGCUGUAGCUUUCCCAGUAGCUGAAAGUGUGAUGGCCAACACAAAACACAGUUUCUGGCCAGGCCCCAUAGUAAACAAACAAGAU